AUAUACUAGUAUCAAAUGGAAAGAAGACAAAGAUCUAGAUCUACUGAAAGGAAAACAGUAAAAAGACACAGAGGCUCUUCAUCGCCUUCAGACUCUAGCCCGUCAAGAAAAAGCUAUUUCAAAGUUCAAUCUUGGAUGAACAAGUCUAAUUCACAAAACUCAGCACCGUUUUCACCAUGGGACUUUGAAACUUUGGGAAUUUAUUAUGAUACCACAAACCUUUCUCUUGAAGAAGUCUUUUCUUUAGUGGAAAACAGAUGUAAUGAUAAGAUCAAAGACUUGCCAGAGUUUACACAAUUGUUGAUAAGAUUAACAAAAGAUUAUUUCAAAUUAUCCUUGAAAAACUUUGGAUUAUUUGAAGCAAAUAAUAGAACAGAGGAGGAUAUUGAAUUAGUAAAGGAUAGCAAUUGUCAGCUUAACUCGGAUAUCAACGAAGAAAUUAAGAAAUUGUCUGAAUUCAUCAUUGACAGAGUUGAUAAUAGAGGGAUAUUUUACAAAUGGUACUUAAAUUUGAAACGUUUCCAUUCUUUUGACCUGAAAAGAUUUUUAUUGACUCUCUGUCAUAAUUAUGAAGUGAAGGAGAAGGAUUUUCAGUUGCUUUUCAUGAAGUUUACUGAGAUUUUCUUGAUGGAACCAAUACCAGGUGAUUGCUGUGAAAGUAGUAUUGAAAUAAAUGGUGAGAUGUUGGUGUAUGGUGCAGAUAUCAAGUAUGAAAGACUCCAGUCAACAAAAUCUUUCCUCAAUGUUUAUGUUAAUGAGAUAAAUAAGGACAAUAAAAAGUUAUAUGAAAAUAUUGAUGAGGGAAAAGAAAACAGGGUUAUCGACUCAUUAUCUGAUGAUCUUUUGGGAAAGGUUGCAAAAGAGCUCUUAUUUGAAAGUCAUAAUUCUUGCUUUUGUCCUGGAGUUAUUGGAAUACUUUGCUGUGGAACAAAGAUAAUAUUUUUAUACUGUGAAAUUACUCCUAGUCACUGGAAAUCAGCUAUGGAGAAAACAAAUCCUUCUGGAGAUGGUUUUCACAGCACUAUUCAUUUUACAAAAGCAUAUGAUUAUAUGAGUGCAGAAGACAGAAAUGAAAUUAUUCCUUAUCUCUUUUGGCUUGGAUAUGUCCAAUCAUCAAAAUAUGAAAUUUUUGAUAUAUCUUAAUAUAAUGUAUUAAAACAAACAAAAGUAAGAAUUGUUACUUUUGUUUUAAUCAU